AAGCAUUUGUUCUCCACUUCACUGUAAUGCAGGGAUGUCUAGUUUAUCUUUAGUUGUUGUUGUUGUUGUCGGUACAAGUAGAGAAUCGUACCGUAAAAGCAAUGUAGUAUGUUUUAACUUUUAACCAAGGAAAAAUCUACUCUUCAACGACUCAUUAGUUUGUCUACCAAGACCAUUUUGUUUUUUUUUUUUUUUUUUUUUUCACAACAAAAGGCUAGAGAGAAACUAAGUAAAUUCCUGAUCUAAGAGCCAUUUCGGGAGAAUCGAAUCAACAUAAACCAUAGCUGCAGGUUGAUUUCUAACACCUCGUGCUAGUUUGUCCGUCAUUGUGUUCUGUGUCCUCGGAAUAUGGUGAAUAGUAAAGGGAUGAAAAAAUUUCUUACAUCGCAGAAACUCUUCCAUAUGUGUAGUGAAUGUCGGUCAUUCUGUUGGUGUAGACAUCAUCUUCACCAGUUGAGAGCAGUCAGUUGCAAACACCACUUCUGAGAUUCGUAGGGUCUUCAUACACUCCAUCGCCCAUAUCAACGCUUCACAUUCGACAUGUAAAAGUGAUAGACUUUUGCGAAUAGACAUGGCAUCCAUCAUAUUAUCAGAUGAUCCACGUGCUUUAUAAACCCAUCCUUGUGUUUGAUCAAUGUUCUAAAAUAGUUUGAUAGUCAGUCUCUUUUCCCUAAGGAUAGAUACUACGUCGUUUCACGCCCUUUGUUUAUUUGUUUUUUAUUGUAAGCCCAACUCUCUCAGAAAUGGGCCCAAAUAAAGCCCAUUAGCCUUAUAACUGUAUGCGGUUUUCUAUUUAAAUUAUUAAAAUAGCUCCACGUAGACAGCGAGGUGGCACUUUAUUAGUAGCUCCGCGCAUCUGUACGAGGAUGAUAUUUGUCUGAUUCGUUCCAGCCUGUAAACGGUAAUGUGUGUCCGUACAGAUUAUAAAGCUCGGCCUAUACGAAAUUAAAAUAAGCGAAAUGACGGAUUUGCCCAUCCAAUCCAUAUCCAAGGCUUCCAAGCUGUAAAAGGAGGGUUAAAAUCGUAACUUUAACCUUAUUAGACGACACCUCUCGUCAUCGUCACUCGUCACUCCUUGCUUCCACAAGUGAAGUUUUUCAUUUUUUGAAAAUGAUGACGAUGAGAUACAAAGGAAGCGUUUUUAUCACAUUCAUCUUCCUCUCCGUCUUCCUUCUUCAGUGUCCACUUGCUCACUCUUCUUCUACAAAAUUGUUCUGGUUAGCAGAAACAGAAGAUAUGAAUGCCAUGAAAAAGGAGCAUGAGAUUGAUGUUGGAUCAGCCAGUGAAGCUGAAGGAAGAAAAGUUCCGACUGGAGCCGACCCUCUCCAUCAUCACAACAUUCCCUUUGCUUCUCCAUAGAUUAGUUGCUUUUACAUCUUUUGUUUCCCAUAAUUCAUAUUAGUCUGUAACACGUUUUACAAUCCAGUUUUUGGCUUUGUUUUUCCGAAUGUUAAUUAAGUUUCCUGUUAUAAAAUGAUUAUUUGUUAGUCUGUAACAUCCAAUGACGAACGUAGCAAACGUUUUUGUCAUCUUCUCAGAAAUAUUGUCGCCAAAAUAUUUGUGGAUGUUAUCUUUCCAAAAAAAUAUAUAUAUUUGUGGAUGUUUAGAUAAUAUUUUUCAAUUGAUAAAAACACUUAUAAGAAUGAUAACUCUUUAUGAGAUUAAUAAAUCACUUUAAUUUAAACAAACCAUAUUUUGUAAUUUUAAUUUUGAUAUUUACAAACAUUAAUUAGUCUCUUAUCUUCUUAUUUAUGAAGUAAAUACAAGAGUCAAGAAGAUAAGGAAUUUGUGGUAGGAAAUGAUAAAAUACUUUAUCUAAAAUCCUGGUCAAUUUAUUUUUCUUAGAAUUGCUUACCUUGUAUGUUGGUCAAAAAUAAUCCUGAUUAUAGAGUUUAUAGAUUUAAAUCUCCAAAAAAUUAAAACAUUAUCUUGUGUAUUUAAGUAUGAUAUAUAGCAAGAUCUAAUUAUAUUGUAGAUCUUAAUUGAAUGUACAGUUGAAAAUUUUCAAUAUUAUACCUUUUUUGAAAAACUGUUAAGAGUAGUUUAUUAGAAACCGCUGAAGUAGUUUAUUUUAGUGCGUUAAAAGUAAUCGUUGAAUUAGUUUAUUUUGGCAUGAGACCAUAAAAUAAACUGAAACAUUAUUUUAUACUUCAAUAUGAUAUUUAUAAAGAUGACUGAAUUAAUUUGUAAAUUUUAACUGAAUGCACUGUUAAAAAGAUUUUGAAAAACCGUUAAAAUCCGUAAAAGUAGUUUUAUUAGAAACUAUUGAAGUAAUUUAUCUUGUCGCGCUAUAAAUAAAGAUGAUUGAAUUAAAUUAUGGAUUUUAAUUGAAUGCACAGUUAAAAAGAAUUUGAAAAACC